UAUUUUUAUUCUUCAGUCCGUGAAUCCGGGGCCGGGGCGCCGCGUGACGUAGGGAGAAGACACCAGAUUGCCGGAUCUAACCGUAUAAAGGGGAGGAGCAGGCGGCGGCGGUGAGAGGAGAGACGAGCGCUGCCCAAGGACACGCAGAGCUCGGGAGGGAAGGUACGGGGACAGCGGAGGAGACUGAGCCCCAGCGGGGAGAUUAUCGGGGAGGAUGGUGUCCGGGAUGAUCUGCAAGGCCGUGGUGCUGGUGUUUGGCAUAUUAUACCCAGCGUAUAACUCAUACAAGGCUGUGAGGACGAAAAAUGUGAAAGAAUAUGUUCGGUGGAUGAUGUAUUGGAUUGUAUUUGCCCUCUACACUGUAGCUGAAACAAUAGCGGAUCUAACAGUAUCCUGGUUUCCAUUGUAUUUCGAACUGAAGAUAGCCUUCGUUGUCUGGUUACUGUCUCCCUACACAAGAGGCGCAAGUCUGCUGUAUAGAAAGUUCCUUCAUCCCCUCCUUUCAUCAAAAGAAAAGGAGAUUGAUGACUAUAUUGUGCAAGCCAAGGAAAAGGGCUAUGAGACGAUGGUGAACUUUGGCAAGCAAGGGUUGAAUUUAGCUGCUAACGCUGCCGUGACUGCUGCUGUAAAGAGCCAAGGCGCUAUUACGGAGAGGCUACGUAGUUUCAGCAUGCACGACCUGACUGAUGUGCAGGGGGAUGAGACUGCAGAGACCCGGUUUUUCCCUGAUGGCCAAAAGAAACCAAGAGCAUCUGUCAGUGAUUCUUCCGGUUUCAGUUCUUUAAGGAAAGAUUCAGGUGACGACAGAACAGACGAAGACGUGGAAGUGAAUUCAGAGGACGAGGUGUACUCACAGAAGGGCCUUCGAAGGUCACAGAGUAUGCGAUCUGUAAAGGUCAUAAAGGGACGCAAAGAGAUACGAUAUGGAUCUCUCAAGCACAAACCAAAGAAGAGACCUCAGCUAUAUUUUUGAGUGGACAUCACACACACCACCUCUGACUAACCGCUGUGCUGCAGUGAUCCACACGUCAUGAAAUAGUCUACAUUUCACACCAGCAUUAGUAUUGAGAAGUUGGCUGACAAAUGGUGUCUGAUAUGCAUAUACUAGUGUUAUUUUAUUGUUUUAUUUAUGUGGUUAUGGAACUGUCAACCUGUAGCUCUCCAUGGGUUGCUGAAAUAGAUCCUGUCAUCCAUGUGGCUGUAGCUGAGCAGCAGUGGUACCACAGGUUAGCAAAGCCCUGAUGUACACCCAUGUUAGCUACCUCAUUAGUAGGGCAGGUUUUAUGGAGUAUUGUCUUCCUUUUAUACCUAGAAUCUGAUCUUGAGCACAAGCCUUAAAUGGAUACUAAUAAUUAAUUUGAUUUUAUUUUGGACUGGUAAAUACAAUUGCACACUUUGGUGCUUUGAUUGCCAGUACUUGUUGCUGAAUUCAAACAAUAACUGGCUAGUGGGCCACCACAGUCCUGCCCAUUGGAGCGAUCUGUAUUGGCUAGUGGUGAGUGGACUAAUACUACAAGUAUGGACAGUCAAAAAACCAUGUGUGCCACAGUCCUUAAAGCCUCUUUCCAUUUAUAUGCAAUGGGGUGCUUAGCUGCCAUGAUCUUAAAGGGCCACUAGACCCUCAGAAUUUGUGCUUGCUAUUGUGUGAUGUCUACACUGACAUAUAUUUAAGCUAUAUAUCUUUAAAGGCAAUAGGCAAAAACCCAAGCCAACUGUAGGGGUACUUGACCGCCUUCACCUUCUAAAGAGAGUUACACUAACAGCCCAGUUAUCUCAUGGUGCCCUAACUGAUGUCUUACCACCCCUCUUGAUCAUUGGACAACAACCCUUCUGGAUUUCUCUAUACAACCAGACCAUCUCAAACCUUGAUGCAACUUUUUUUUAUAUCUUGAAUGAACUUUUCUCAUGUGUGUUAUGUUAUAUGGUGUCCUCCUGUAAUAGUCUAAAGUUGAAGUAGUCAGAGGAGUGUGUGUGCAUCAGUGUUUUAAUCCCUAAUCUUGAGUGUGUCAAUUUAUAUAGAACCUGUAUAUUUUUUAACAAGGCAAGAGAUUUAUGAAAUGCUGGAUACCUCAUUUAUUAUGCUUUAUUGUCUUAUUAUUAAUACGUGUUGGAAAAGAUCCCAUUGGGAACAUUGAGUUAUUUCUCAGUCUUAAAUCUGUGCUGAUAACUGUGCUCUACUGAAAAUGAAACAAGUUUUCUUAAUAUAUACCAAAAACGCAAUAGUAGACAAGAUUAGAAUUUUUUCAAAAACAUUUAUUACCAUAUGUGUCUGAAUUUCAAGGUUUUUUUUUUCCUUUUAAUUGAAAAUUUUGUCAUUGCGCUUGUUUGGUGCGUUUUGUAUUUAUUUAUUAAUCUUUGUAUCAACUUCCUUCCAAAAUUAAUAUCUUCUUUGAUUUUGCACCAUUAUUUACCAUUUUUCAUUUCUUAAGGACACUGGAACAUGGAGCAUUUUUAGGUAUUUUAUGCAUCUAUUUUGUGCAUUCCUAGUUAUGCGAACUAAAGGAAAAAAAUCCAGCGUGUAAUUCUUACCUGUCAAAUCAUGUUGCUGACACGUCGAUGACAUUCCCAUUGGUAGCAAAGGAUAUUGAUUCUGGAUAUAUCUGCCACACUUUUUUUUUAAAGACAAAAAUGCCUGAAAUUGUUUCAUUUCCGUUAGUAACUUUUAUCAAGGCUUAAAUCAAACUUUUUAUUUGGUUAAGGAUUUAUUGAUGUGAUUUUAGUGAUCUUAAUUCGUAUAGCAAUAUAAGCAAGUGAGGGGGUUUGCUCUGCACCAAGAAGAAAACGCGCAUUUCAGUCAUUGCUUUUUAAAAAUGGAAAAAAUUGUAACGCAAUGGUAUUUUUAUGGUGAUGCUGUAGAUUCUGCAGCAGGUGAAGGGUAUAACUUUGUCUUUUAAGCAGGUAUUCGGGAUUUUAAUGAUUUUAUUUCUAUUUAGAACUGAGCCAGUAUGGUUGGGUACAGAGGUCCUUUCUGCUGGAUUGUGCUCCACCCUGUGCCUCAUGCAUUGCUGUAGGCGCAUCUUGAAUAUUGUGCCAUGGCUAUAAAUCAGUACAAGUAUGCACAACAUCUUUGUGUAUGUUGUAUUACCGGAAACAUGUUCAUUACCAUUAAUUGGGUAGGAAAUGAUGACGUUCUUAUCACCUUGCCCUCCUCGAUUGAUAACACAAACUUGGAAGCUUGGGGCCAGACAGCAGAAAUACAAUGGCUGCUUUUGGCAAGGCACGAUGAUCAAUAGCAAGUUCUUAGAAGCUUGGGCAAAUAAAGUAUAUAUGCAACUCAAAUUUUUUUUUUUUUUUAAAAAAAUGAAGGUUGAUAUAAAGUGGUCUAAAAUCACUGGACAUUUCCUAAAUGUUUACAUUGCUCUAGCUUGUGUCCCAGGCCAUAGGCCAGAAUAGAGUUAUAUGUAUGGGAUCCAUUAUCCGGAAACGCAUUAAACUCUGAAUUACGGGAAGGUUGGUUCCCAUAGAUUCCAUUUUAUCCAAAAAAGGAUUCACUUUUUCCUCUGUAAUAAUAAAACUGUAGCUUGUACUUGAUCCAUACUAAGAUAUAAUUAAUCCUUAUUGGAAGCAAAACCAGCCUAUUGGGUUUAUUUCAUAUUUACAUGAUUUUCUUGUAGACUCAAGAUAUGAAGACCCAAAUUAAAGAGAGAUCCGUUAUCCAGAAAACCUCAGGUCCUGGGUAUUCUGGAUAACAGGUCCCAUGCCUGUAUCAUCUUGUUUUGUGCCCAGCUAUCCAUUACAUUUUUAUUUACAGCAGCCAAGAUGUCUUCCGCUAUCUACUUUUCUUUGGUGCCUGACAAUUGAGAAUGUGUUGGCAGCAAAUCAGAGAAUAGAAAGACUUAAAGAUUCUUAUAUGCAGACCAAAGUGCCUUGGGUGGGAGGUAUAGCUCACUGUGUGAAUGCUGUAUCUGUGACAAGAUACCUCAGCAACUAAAGAAGCCCAGGAUUUUGGGUCGUAUUUUCUGUUAUACAUAUUGAGCAGAAUGUCUGUACAUAACACAGGGUCAAGCUAAUAAAAUGUCUUCCCCUUGGCCUUGCUCUAAUAAACAGGCCUUCUCUCCUGUGUUGUGUUUUAGCCAAAGAUCUACUUGAAUGAAUGACCUGUCUACUGAAUCCACUUUCACUUGUGGAUUACGAAAUUAUAAAAAACAUGACCAUUUUUGUUUAAAACUCAAUAAAACAUUGGAAUGGGCAGUUUGUGAUCUUCCAGGUGUUGGGCUGGAACCUCCAACAGCCCAUACACUGUCUUUAGAUGUAACACCUUAGAAAUUUGGGUAUAAUAAAUGUAAUAAGAAAAUAAUAUAUAUAUCUAAUGUCCAAACUGUUUUGGCUGACAAGGCAUGCUGGGAGAUCUGAGUACACAGAUGGAGGGCCACAGGCAAAAUAAGCAAAUUUUUCUUUAAUGCCCGCUUCUUGUCAAUAACACUGUGACAAGUGAUGUCUUGUAUCAUAAUCUUCUAUAACUGCCACCUAAUUCUCUACUGUGACUGGUUUAGGAGCAGUUCUAAUGAACACCUUUUCCUGUUUCCUGUCUACGUAUCAUUUCUGUAUAUUUAUGUUCUCUCCAUUCAUUGAUACUGUAUGAGUUACAGGCUGGUAACUGAUGCUUUUAAUAGAUAAAAUAUGUUUGGUUUUCUCUUUGCUGGAGUUUUGAUCAUGCUUGCACUUUUGUACCAGAGAAUAACAUGGGGCGUUGCUUUACUGAGCACGGGAAAUUGCAACGAUGCUGGAUCUUUUUGCAAAUGAGCAAAAUAAAAUCUUCUAAAACUGAA